AUGUUAUAUAAUCAGGGCUGGGCCCUAGCGAGAUCCGAAAGAGGAAUAUUCACACUUUUUACCAUCGCCAAGCUCCACUUUCCCUUCUUUAAAUCACAACUAUUCCCGACUUUGUCAAAGCGAUUCCACGAAUUGCGCCAGGAACUCGCGACAAUGCUUAUCCCUAAGGACGACCGCAAGAAGAUCCACGAGUACCUCUUCCGCGAGGGUGUGCUCGUGGCCAAGAAGGACUUCAACCUCCCCAAGCACGCUGACAUUGACACCAAGAACCUCUUCGUCAUCAAGGCUCUCCAGUCUCUUGACUCCCGUGGUUUCGUCAAGACCCGCUUCUCGUGGCAGUACUACUACUACACCCUCACCCCCGAGGGUCUGGACUACCUCCGCGAGUGGCUGCACCUCCCCGCUGAGGUUGUCCCCGCUACCCACAUCAAGCAGCAGCGUUCCCACGCUCCCCCUCGUGGUAUGAUGGGUGGUGAGGAGCGUGAGCGCCGUGCUCCCCGUGCUCCCCGUGAGGGCGGCUACCGCCGCCGCGAACAGGAGGGCAAGGAGGGUGGUGCCCCUGGCGAGUUCGCUCCUUCUUUCCGUGGUGGCUUCGGCCGUGGCCGUGGUGCUCCCCAGCAGUAA